AUGGAAUUAAUAGAUGCUUCUUCCCUUUUGUCAAGACUUGAAUUGGAAAGAAUUAAUGUUGGUAGAGAACGUUGGGAAGGAUUGAUACCUUUAGUUGGGCCACAUAUUGGGGAUCAAAUAAUUGCUUUUAAUGAUGCACAUAUAGCUAUGGUGUUGAGUAAAUUGGAUGAUGAAGAUAUUGAUGGAAGGGGGAAUUUGGCUUAUUUACAUGCCAAAAAUAUAUCGAAUUUUGUGGGGGAUAAACAAAAUAUUGGAGAAAAUGCAUUAAUUAUGCGUGAUUUUGGGGAGAAAUUGUGUUCAUCAAUUAAUUUAUUUAAUAAAGAAAAAUAUGACCAAGCAUUUGAUGAUUUGUAUUCUAUCAAAUCACAAUUUUCUCGACUUAGUGGAAGCCAUGCUCAAGUAAUUUUUGAAUUUUUUAAUAAGUUAUUUUUGGGGGAUUAUUAACUUAAAAUAGCUUUUACAUAUAAAAUAACCAUUCAUUUAAACGUUGAUAACUCUGCAGAACCUAAACUUUUUUGAAAGAUUCUGCUAUAACUUCUUUCAGAAUAGUAUCACGAACGCUCAGAGGCGGCUGUUUCGGUCUAUGGGGUUUCCACAUUGUUUCCGAGCGGGGUACAACUCUAUUUGUUAACCUUUCAUUUAUCCCACCACCGACUGAUAUUUUCCUUUCUGCUUUAUCUAUUAAACUGAGGGGGACAUCCCUGGCCUUGGAAAUAAAAUUGGAUUAAAAUAAACUUUUUCCAAUUCUAUUUUAAUUAAAAAUUUUUUAAAGAAAAUUUUUUAAGGAAUUAUUUCCCCACAUUUUUAAAAUUUUUCAGAAAGAUAUAUUCACCCAAUUUCUCGUGUGUGCAGGCCUACAUUCUCAAGACAAAGAAAGAAAUAAAAAAGCAUUGGUUGUUCUCCAAGAGAGAGGUGCAAAAAUGAGAGAUUCCGCUUUGGCUCUUAGACUAGUUAAGAGAUAUGAAGAAGGAUUAUCUUCUA